AAACCCGAGAACGUGUGAACUUCGGCCCAUUGGACUGAAGCCCGUAACCCGACUCUAAAGCACCGAGUAUUCAUUCGUUGAUUGAUUGAUAUUUCUAUAUUAAAAAAAAAAAAACCUAAAUCCCUGAUAUUUUUUAUUUUUUUUUGUGUAUUUCUGAACCCCUAAAAUGGCCUUACGAGCGGCCGCAACCACCAUUCCGGUAGCACCACGAGGUCUGAGAGCAGUUUUCUCUACAUUUUCGUCUAACUUUCCUUUUAAUCCACCACAAGCGCAAGUAGAGAAGCAGCCACCGGCUGAACCAUCCACCAAUCUCUUUGUCUCCGGUCUUAGCAAACGUACUACCUCGGAAGGGCUUCGAGAAGCAUUUGCCAAACACGGUGAAGUGGUCAAUGCCAGAGUGGUGACAGAUCGUGUAUCUGGUUAUUCAAAGGGUUUUGGUUUUGUUAGAUAUGCGACUUUGGAAGAUUCUGCAGCUGGUAUAAAGGGCAUGGAUGGUCAGUUCCUUGAUGGUUGGGUAAUUUUUGCCGAGUAUGCGAGGCCAAGGCCUGCGCCUCCUUCCAUGCAGGAUAAUUGCACUACAGGUGGAUAUGGAAACUACAAUGCACCACCCAUGUAUGGCAGGGAUAACAUGUGAACUUAUAUCAGCUCGUCAUGAUUGGGAUAUCAUGCAUCUGCUCAAACAAGAAUUCUUCAUAUGAACUAUGGUACUUAAAUGGCGUAAACUAAAUAGAUGUAUCAAUUUUUUGGAAACUUCUGUCAGCUGGUGUUUUGGUGAUACUAAACGGACCAAACCCAAGUUGACGUUCUUUCCAAUUGAAACAUGCGUGGAUCUUGAUCAUAAUUUCCAAGUUUGCGCAAGUUUAUUUGUUUGUAUUAGAUGUUUAGUUGUCAUAAGCAUGAUUUCGCUCGAACUUUUUGUUCCACUUCGGUAGAUUGCCAAAAUGUUUGUAUUUGGAUUGAAACGAAAUGGACCUGAAAAUAGUUUUAUCUAAUUUGGGAUGGAGAGCUAAUUGAUCGAGUAAA